UCGAGGAUAGCUGUGGACGUGGUAAACCGAUAUGCAUUGAGUCGGCAUCGGUGGAGCAGUCUGGUUCAUCCUAUGUAUUCCCUUUCCUGCUAUAAGUACCGAGGUGUCAAGCAGUAGUGCCUCGCAGAUCAUCCACCGACAAGGAAGAAGAACAAGAACAAGAAGAAGAGGGGCCUUGCAUGGUGGCGAGAGCCUGCCUUUGGUAGCCAAGGAUGACUUGCCUACAUGGCAUUGCGAGUUCCGGUUGCAUGGCCAGUUCAGCUGAGUUUGUGGGCGGUCACCUUGGCUAGCCUGAGUGGCUCUUGCCUGUCAUGGAAGGCCUCUUCUUCUGUCACUCGCCUGAUACGUACUACUACUGUCUGGCAUGUGCUUCAUUUGUUUUGGCUGGCAUGUGGUGGAAAGGGGUGGCCGGCAUUGAUGGUGAGGACGGCAGCGUCAACCGGCAUCGCAGCAGCGUUCCAGCUGGUCUGGUGCUCUACAGCAAAAACCACAGAGCCCAUCAGCAUCAAGGAAUCAAGGUGAGCGCAGUGCAACAAAUGGAGAGGCGAAAGGUGCUCCAAAGUGGUUUGGCUUUGGUGGAGGGGCUGGCGAUGGUGCUUCGGACGACGAGGAAGAAGAAGUUGGUCUCCGGCUAGCUCCAACGGAGAAGGAUGGCACGGGCGGGCUCAGCGGUUGCGCAACGAUGAGACAAGGCUACGUGCGUGAGCUAUCGGACAGAGGGCAAGCGAGAGCAAUGAAUUUCUCUGGCGACUGGAGGAGCAUGACGCCGGAGCUGAGAGGGAAAAAGAGAGAGACGGCAGCCAGCGUAGCUUAAAACAGCACGGGCGGCUUUGCCAGCUUCAUCAGCACCUGCUUGAGUGUGCCUCCACGAAGCAGGUGCACGUCGCGCAUGCUUAAGGAGGCGCAUGCUGUCGGCGGCAAGCAGCUGCAUGCGUGGCAGCGAAGCUGCUGCUGGCGAGGCUACUGUUCAUGACUAAAACCCUAACUUCCCGUCCCGUCUCUUGUUCAUGUGAUUUGUCAACUAAAUGUGAUGAGAUCCCUUAAUAAAAAUUGUUCAUCUACCCGAGAUGUCCAAGUUUGCUUAAAGUCUCAACAUCCAGUUUUCUAGAUUUUCAAUUUUGAAGAUAGUUAAUUUGAAACUAGAAACAGAAUUCAUUUAGCAGGGUUUUGAAAA